CCGCCUCCCCCGCUCACCUGCCCGCCAGGAAAGAUGCCCGGGGUCUUACCGAGUGACAGCACCGGGCCUGCGAGAGGGAGCCCCUCGAAAAAGAACAGGCUUUCGCUGAAGCUCUUCCAGAAAAAGGAAGCGAAAAGAGCGCUGGAUUUCACCGAGUCCCAGGAAAAUGAGCAAAAGAGUUCAGAAUUCAGAGGCUCUGAGAUUGAUCAGGUUGUUCCUGCAGCACAGCCUCCGUCGCUUGUUAGCUGUGAGAAAAAAGACAACAUGUUGCCUUUUGUCGGCUUGAACAAUCUGGGUAACACUUGUUACCUUAACAGCGUACUUCAGGUAUUAUAUUUUUGUCCUGGUUUUAAAACUGGAGUAAAACAUUUAUAUAAUAUCAUUUCAAAGAAGAAAGAAUCUUUGAAGGAUGAAGGAGAGCAAAAAGCAGAGAAGGGAAAUUGUAAAGAAGAUCCACUGGCAAGUUACGAACUAAUCUGCAGUUUGCACUCAUUGAUUCUUUCAGUUGAGCAGCUUCAAGCCAGCUUUCUCUUAAAUCCAGAAAAAUACACAGAUGAACUUGCUACUCAGCCACGAAGGCUACUAAAUACCCUUAGAGAGCUCAACCCUAUGUACGAAGGGUACUUGCAGCACGAUGCCCAGGAAGUUCUGCAGUGUAUCCUGGGUAACAUUCAAGAAACAUGUCAGCUACUGAAGAAGGAAGAAUUGAACAAACUGCCUGUGGAAGAGCCUGCAGCUAAACUGGAGGAAAAACUUAAUCAACAUACUGAGAGCAAUGGAACCGGCAACCCUGCUGAGGAGGAGGAUAAUGUACCAAGUAGCCACGUUGGAGAGGUGGCUGAAGACAAGCUACUCAAAGGAAACGGGAAAAGAAAAAGCGAUGCUGAGGGUGGCAACGCAAAGAAAAAAUCCAAAGUAUCAAAAGAGCAAAUUGCAGCAGAAGAAAAUCAAAGACAAACCAGGUCAAAGAGGAAAGCAACAGGAGAAAAGCUAGAAAAUCAAACUGAUGCCAUUGCCAAGUGUUCCAGUGAAAAUGAGAGUGCGAAGCCAACACAGAAGAAGUCACGGCUUAGAUUAAACUGGUUAAAAUCUUCAUGCAAACAGCCUAGUAUUCUGUCUAAAUUUUAUAGUCUAGGCAAGUUAAGUACAAACUUGGGAUCCAAAGACCCAGGGAAAGAAUAUGAUGACUGUGAGCUUGAAGAGUCAUCUGCAAAGUGCGAAAAUGGUAACAAUAUUAAAGAAGAAUGUCAUGAACCAGCAUCUCCUGUGGAAAGCCAUAAUGAAAAAGGAACUGAAAAAGAACCAAAAAAGGAAGGUACAGAGCUGGCUGUUUUUGAACUAGUGGAGAAACUGUUCCAGGGCCAGUUAGUACUAAGAACAAGAUGCUUGGAGUGCGAGUGCUUUACUGAAAGAAGAGAAGAUUUUCAGGACAUCAGUGUUCCAGUGCAAGAAGAUGAACUUUCUAAAACGGAAGAGAGUUCUGAAAUUUCUCCAGAGCCAAAAACAGAAAUGAAGACUCUUAAAUGGGCAAUUUCACAGUUUGCGUCAGUGGAAAGGAUUGUGGGAGAGGAUAAAUAUUUCUGCGAAAACUGCCAUCAUUACACAGAAGCAGAACGCAGCCUUUUAUUCGAUAAAAUGCCUGAAGUUAUAACAAUUCAUUUGAAGUGCUUUGCUGCUAGUGGCUUAGAGUUUGAUUGCUAUGGUGGAUUAUCCAAGAUAAACACUCCCUUAUUGACGCCUCUCAAACUGUCACUAGAAGAAUGGAGCACAAAGCCGACCAAUGACACCUACGGAUUAUUUGCAGUGGUAAUGCACAGUGGCAUUACAAUUAGCAGUGGACACUACACAGCUUCUGUCAAAAUUACAGAUCUUAAUAGCCUAGAGUUAGAUAAGGGAAAUUUCAUCACUGACCAAAUGUACGAAAUGAUUAAACCAGAACCACUGAGUGAGGAGGAGGCAAGAACUGUUGCUGAAGACUACGACGAUGGCGAAGUCUCUUUUAGAGUCAAUGGAAACGCACAGCCGGGUAAAGUUCUGAACAAAAAGAAUAUAGAAGCUGUCGGACUUCUUGGGGGGCAGAAGAGCAAGUCUGACUGUGACCUGUACAACAACAAACCAGCUAACCCUGAGAAGUUUCUUAACGUAGUUACUGAAAACAGAAAUCCGGAGUCUAGCAGUACUAACAGCGGGAGUGCGGAGUGCAGCACGGAACACGGCGAGCAAAAUGGUGUUGCUUCCAGUGGACUAGAAAACAAAGCUCUGUAUGUACUGCAGAGCCUGAAAGAGUAUGAAGGGAAGUGGUUGCUUUUUGAUGAUUCUGAAGUGAAGGUUACAGAAGAAAAGGACUUUCUGAAUUCUCUUUCUCCGACAUCAUCAUCUACAUCAACUCCUUACCUACUGUUUUAUAAGAAAAUUGUAGAGUAAUACUGUACUUUGACUGUAAAUAUUAGGGAUUUGCAUACACCUGUUGGUCUGAUUUGCAUCAAAACUACCUGGAAGAAACGGCUGUUUUUGAAGCUACUGGAUCAUAAUGUUUCUGGUCUUUUUGUUCGGUGUAAGUGGCUCAACUUGAAUUAACAAACCAUGACAUAGAACUUAACUCAUAUAGUAACUUUUAUGCUGGAGAAUAGUGAUAUUACCUUUUAGAAAUACCAGUUUGUAUAGUUCCUAAAUGAUGCCUACAGUACACGGUAGUGGUUUUAACACAACUCUAGGUCUCAGACAUGCCUAUUGUAUUAUUAGCUUUUUUUUUUUUAAUAAAAGUUAUUUGUAUUCAUA